AUGUUUGAAUACAACAUCGACAACAACAUGUACACCCUAUUGGGAUUGUACACCAAAAUGAAACCCGACAAAACCGAUUACAGCGGCUACAAAAAAAUAACCUUGGUCAACGUCGCAUUGAUCUUGUGCGCAUGUUUCUUGGUAUCGUUCGAAAUUGGCAGUCAUUACGAGUACAGAAGGGCCGCCAUCAAAAUCGCGAGUCUAGCUUUAGACGCGGCGCUUUGCGCUUCGAUUUUGACCAACAGAUAUCUCAGGUUAGACGAAAUCAGAAAACUCACGGCGGUCAUGGAGUCGAUGGAGAAAACUCUUGGGAAGCAGCCGCACUGGAAGAACUGCGUCAGAACAUUGGCAGACAUAGUGGCUGUCGUGGUAGUCGUGGUUAUAGAGGCUGCCUAUUGCUGCAGUGACCAAAACUUCUACCGCAACUACUGCUGGUUCGAAAUAUACCUCUUUUUGAUACUAUCCGUGGAAAGCAACGUGUGCAGGCGCGUUAUCGCUACAAUCUCGAAGAUGUUGCGAAGUUCCAGGCGAGUUCUUAAAGAACACCACGAGGAGUUCUACAAACUGCCUCCGGCGGAGUUCACGAGACUGCCCAACGGGGAUCUGAUGUUGACGGGGUGGAUUUCCAAGGCGAUCAACUGCCGCAACGACCUCGAUAGCUUGAAGGGCCUGAGAUUAUUCACGUGCGAGCUAUCGAAGGAGUUGAAAGUUUUCGACGCUUUCGACGCCAUAUUCGGAGUAACGAUGGGAGUUCUCCUGGUCGACGUCAGCGUCAAACUUUGGAUUUACGCAGCCUCUUGGGCGACGGGAGUCGACGCCAUUUUCAACUCGGCCGGAGUUGCUAAUACGAUGUUUUUACUGGCAUGUUUCGUUAGAAUCCUAGCAGAAUCCUUCGGGACGUUAAAGGACUUGGAAAAACUCGGACUCGACGCUUACAAACUCUUCCUUACUACUCCUGGGAACAGCAUCGUAAAAGAAGAACGCGAGCUCAAGUCCGUGUACCAAAUUUUGUACAAAAAUGUUUACCUGCGCGACUAUGGGACCGGCUGCGGAUCGCUGCGCGCUGAGCGCUGCGCAAAGGCGCUUUUCUUCAACAUCGCCGCGUGCGCGACGAGCAUGUCGCUGAUCGGACGUAAAUGGUGCUGAUGUGAUGCGAAAUGAAAAACAUCGGGUACAACAGAAAAUAUAUUAUUUAUUAUACAAAAAGCGCUACAACGGUUAUAGGCUACGACUAUCUAAAGCUACGGAAACGAAAGUGUGAAAAAACAACUCGCGACGUGGCGAAAAACUCAUUUCCUAGAUUUUCCUACAGUUUUCUCAAUCGCAAAAGUUCCCAUUCAAAACUCUAAAAAUGCCGGUUAUUUAUUUAUUCCAGCAAAAAAUUGUUGAUCUUGAAUAGGAAAUUCCACGUCGACAAAAUCAAAGAAACAACAAAACACUUUUUAGCGUUAUCAAAAAUUUAGACCUAAAAUCGCACUGUAACGGUACACUGGCUCAGAUAGUAAAAAAAUAAUUCAAAAACGUUGGCAUAAAAAUAGUUAUAUUUUAUUCGUAUACGGGGAUCCCCAAACUAUAGAGAAAUUGGGAAAAUAUAGUCGUUUAGAAAUCCAUGAGAGUCCAUAACCUCUAUUUUUAAAAUAUUUCGGACAUUAAGGCGUUGCCACAUGUACUAAAACAGGGCACCAACUUCGUUUUUUUAGACGAAAUGCCCCGUAUAUGAUUACAGUGGCGCCAUCCAAAGGCAUUUUUAAUGAUUUGCAUUGGAAGUUUUUAGUUGCAGGGCCCAGAAAAGAAAAUGGCGUAUUUGUAAUGUGUUCCUGCAGAACUGGUAGAAAACAGAUUUGUAUAGAUUAAGUAUAUUAUUUUUCCUUGGCUACAACCAAUAUCGAGUACCCAAAAUACCUCAUAAACAGCUCUCAUGAAAAUAAUCAUUUUUCGCUAGAGGUUAUUGACUUAAGAAACCACAAACCAAUUGUUAACCUAGAACCAUGCAAAUUGAUGUCAGGAUAUUCUUUGACGUGACUUCCGAUAAGUGUUACAAAGCUUCAUCGAUAUACACUUUUUUUUAAAUAUUUUUUAGCUUAUUAAUAAUCAAAUUUCUUGACAACUUGUUUGAUAAAGACUGUCCAAUUGAAUUGUCAAAAUAUAUGGCCAUGGCUUACUUCUCAAUUUGCCUUACAAUAACUUUAGACCACGAAUGAAUCACUGCUGCAAUAAAGUACAUAGGAGUCUCAAUUAAAAUUCAAGAUAUAUGUUAGAUACUUAGUUUCCCAAGUUUUUAUAGAAUCUAAAAGUGAAGUGGGUAUUUGGUUAUAGUUUUGGUUAGUCAGCUGUGGCAACGCUGCAACGCCCAAAUAUAAAAAAAGAGAUUGUAGCCUCUCCAUAUACUUCUAACCUGCCUUCGGGUUUAGGAAACUCCGUAUACCGGUACUAAGUUCGAAAAUUAUUGGUCCUUUACAUUUUUGAAGCUCGACCACUGCGAGACGGACUGCUUUGAGUACAACAGGCGUACCAAACCCACCCCCUCCCCAUCAUUCCGAUUUUGGAAGUAGGCAACAAAAAAUAAAUUGCAAAUGACACGCGUCUUCUUUAUUUUUUAGAUGUGGUGCCCAUAUGUCACAAAACGCCUCCUUAUAUUAUAUACCGUAGAUCUAUAAAUUGGGCGAACGGCCUUAGGGCAAGUGCCCAAUGUCCCAGAAACAAAUGGACAACUAAUACAGACAUAAAAGAAGACGAGCGACUAAAUCACGAGUUACGUUCCAUUUAUAAAGCAGUUUUAAAAUACGGUAGGGUCAAAUACGUCGAUAGACUUCUAAAAAGUAUUGCAAGAAGGUGCACUGUUCAUAGUAUAAAUAUUAAUCCAAAACCAUUUAGAUGUAAUUGCCAACUAACUUGAGUUAUGAUUCUUUUGUUCCAAUUGAACCUAAUCAACAUGUAAGUAUAAAAAAAGGAAAACAAACCAAUUUUUUUCCAUGAAAAAAAAAAAAAGAAAAUUAUUAAGAAGUUUUAAAAAUAAGGGCAGAUGUAUAAAGUAAUUUUAGGUAACCAUUAGCUUAAUCCAAUUCGUCGUUACUUCAUAGCCAUUGAUCGUAAAUUGUUUUUACAAGAUUUUUUAAAAAUCUUAUUAAGUAUUAAUUUUGUAAGUAUAUAUUGAUGAUUGUACAUGAUGAGAUAAAUUAUCUAAAUAGCACGGAGAGAUAUCAGUGUUUAUAAUUAUCUGUGCGUUAUCUGUAAAUAAAAUAAAGAUUUUUUAGGUUAGUAUCAAUAAUUUCCAAGAUUCUUCACUUCAUUUCCUGAUUUGGAUGUCGAAGAAAAGAUGAUGAUAUUUUACAUGAUGAGGGCUUUGACCAGUGAUAAAAUUCAGAAUAGAAAUGACAGAUGACAUUUCAGAUGAUGAAGAUAAUGUUCCCCUUCCAAUCAUGAAGUUCAGUUUAGUGAAUUUACAUUAUUUAAAAAGGAUGCGAAUAGCAGUUUAAGCCCUUAAUAGAAUUCCUGCGGUUGGUAUGAAGUGACAGAUAACAUUUCAAAUGAUGAAGGCUUUGACCGAGAAAAUCAUGUUUCUCUUUCAAUAAUAAAGUUCAUACUAGUGAAUUCACAGGAUAUAAAGUGAAAGUCAAAUGCAAUCUAAGCCCGCAAUCGAAUUCCUGUGAUUGAUAUGAGAUGGCUGAUGACAAGAAGAUGAUGUUCCUCUUCCAAUGCUAAAAGUUCAAAUAAGUGAAUUCGUAGGAUAUAAAAGGAAAGUCGAAUGCAGUCCAUAACCGUAAUCGAAUUUCUGUGAUUGACAUGAGAGGACAGAUUACAUAUCAGAUGAUGAACGCUUUGAUCAAGAAGAUGAUGUUCCUCUUGCAGCGAAAAUUUUCAGAGUAGUGAAUUCACAAGAUAUAAAAAGGAAAUACUUAGUCCGCAAUCGAGUGAUUGGUAAGAAAUGACAGAUGAUAUUACCGAUGAUGAAGCCUGAUAAAGUCGAGACGAGUGAAUUCACAGGAUAUAAAAUGGAAGUCGGAUACGGUCUAAACCCGGAAUCGCAUUAUCGUAUUAGCCAUGGACCAAAAAUCAAUUGUGAAAAACGGGAAAGUAUAUAUCCGCAUCAGCAAACAAAAAAAAACUGUUUCAAAAGAUGACUAUCGAAAUAUAUCACCACUUUCUAGUUUCUUCACCUGAGUACCACAUUGAAAAAAAAAUUGGAUAGCGGUAUCUGCGAUAGUAGUAAACAU